AAGCCAUUGCAAGUAAAGAGCAAAAGCUUGUUUAUUAACAAGUGCAAAGAACUCGAGGAUCACGCGUUCUUCUGCUUAUACGUUAUCCAAAAACCAAAGCGUUCAUGUUUAUGCAGAGUUAUGUUAUGCUUCUCAGUACACGACAACCUUAACGCAAAUCCAAUACUCGCUCCUUUCUUCUACUAGUAUUAUUUUUAAUUAUCACCCAUUUAUCUUCUAUAGCUCAUCUCUCUGUUCUCCAAUAGAAAAAUGAAUGACCUCAACCCAUUGAUCUAAUUUCUCUCUCUCUCUCUCUCUCUCUCUCUCAGGUCAUUUAUUUGUUUUCGUUUCUUGGAACAUCUCCGGAAGGCUUUCCUCUCUCUUCCCCUUCUUUCCUUUUCUUGCUCUAUUUUUGUUGUAUUUUCUUUCUCUUUCUCAGUCUCUUGGUUUUGGUCUGUCUAUCUCUCUCUUGUUUCGGUCGGUGAUUUGUUUCUAGCUUUUCAGUAGAUAAAGAGAAGUGUAGACAAGAGAGAGCAUUUGAAGUUGCAUAGUUUAUCUACUUAAGCAGGGAAGGCGAAGAGUAAUAAAUAAACGAUAAAUAUGGUGGAAACAGCCAACAACCAACAGCCACCUCCACCUCAAGCGGCGGCCCCACCACCUCCACCUCCAUCUCUUGCCGUUUCAAGGGGUCCCACUUGGACUCCGGCCGAGCAGCUCCAGCAGCUCCAGUACUGCAUCCAUUCCAACCCUUCCUGGCCUCAGACAGCUUUUCUGGCAUUUCAACACUAUAUUGUGAUGCUUGGAACUAUAGUUUUAAUUGCCAGCAAUCUUGUGCCGCGAAUGGGUGGGGACCAUGGUGAUAAAGCCCGUGUGAUUCAAACAUUACUCUUCAUGGCGGGGGUGAAUACACUGAUUCAAACAUUCAUUGGAACAAGGCUUCCCACUGUGAUGAGUGCAUCAGUUGCAUUCACCUUACCAGUGUUGUCGAUCAUCAAGGAUUUGUCCGAUGAAAACUUUGCAGAUGAGCAUGAUAGAUUUACCCACACUAUGAGAACUAUUCAAGGAUCGUUAAUUGUUUCUUCCUUCGUCAAUAUCAUCCUUGGGUUUAGUUUUGCAUGGGCCAAUUUGAUAUGCUUAUUUACCCCCAUUGUUAUAGUACCAGUGGCUUGUGUGGUGGGGCUUGGUCUGUUCAUGAGGGGCUUCCCACUGCUUGCUAACUGCGUGGAGAUUGGCCUGCCUAUGCUGAUUAUACUAGUCAUUUGCCAGUAUUUGAAGCAUCUCCAUCCAAGGAGCCGUCCUAUACUUGAAAGGUUUGGCUUGCUUUUCUGUGUUGGAAUUGUCUGGGCUUUUGCUGCUAUCCUUACUGUUGCUGGUGCCUACAACAAUGUUGGAGAACAAACUAAAAUGAGUUGUCGCACAGAUCGAUCCUAUCUUAUAUCAUCUGCUCCAUGGGUUCGAGUCCCAUACCCUUUUCAGUGGGGUGCUCCCAUAUUUAGAGCAAGCCAUGUCUUUGGGAUGAUGGGGGCAGCGCUUGUUUCAUCUGCAGAGUCCACCGGAACAUAUUUUGCCGCAGCAAGGCUUGCAGGUGCUACACACCCUCCAGCACAUGUUCUUACCAGAAGUAUUGGUCUGCAGGGUGUUGGCAUGCUGCUUGAAGGAAUCUUUGGUGCUGCUGUUGGCAACACUGCUUCUGUUGAAAAUGUUGGCCUUCUUGGACUUACACACAUUGGGAGCCGAAGAGUGGUGCAGAUAUCAACUGCUUUCAUGAUCUUUUUCUCCAUAUUUGGGAAGUUUGGUGCCUUGUUUGCGUCUAUUCCUCUGCCAAUAUUUGCUGCUAUAUAUUGUGUUCUAUUUGGAAUUGUUGCUGCUAUUGGGAUUUCCUUUAUACAGUUCUCUAACAAUAACUCCAUGAGAAACCAUUACAUCUUGGGCUUGUCUUUGUUCCUUGGGAUAUCAAUACCUCAAUAUUUUGUCAGCAACACCACCAUGGAAGGGCAUGGACCAGUUAAAACAGAUGGUGGAUGGUUCAAUGACAUAUUGAACACAAUUUUCUCAUCACCUCCGACCGUGGCAAUGAUCAUUGGAACGUUGCUGGAUAACACACUUGAUGCAAGGCAUACCAUUAAUGACAGAGGAAUUCCAUGGUGGAAACCUUUCCAGCACCACAAGGGGGAUGUUCGAACUGAGGAGUUUUACAGUCUUCCUCUCCGGAUAAACGAGUGGUUACCCUCUAGAUAUCUCUGAAGAAAAAAACUCACCUCGUUGUAUAGUAGGCAUACAAGCAGCAAAUUUCAUGUUCUUAAAUCUUAAUAAGACAAAGCUGUAACAAUUGGUGAAGGUUCGUUUUUUAUUUUAUUGUACUGAAAGGUUGAUCUCAAAAUCGUUUAUUUCUAA